CGUUAGAUCGGUCUCCCCUGCCCGGCCCGGCCUCUGCCAGCUGCAAUGCCGAGUAACCGCGGUAGCUGCAUCUUAUGCAACCUGUCUACACAGGCAAUUGUGGCCUGUCUCUGCAGUCUUUGGUUUUAAAAUUCAAAGCGUCUCCACCGCUGCCUUUUACUUGCUUAAACUACCUCUUGGUUGUGUUUCUCCUGGAAAAUGGCCAAACGUAAAGGCUCGAUCGGUGCUGUAUCUAAAGUCGACACAAAGAAGCUGAAAGAGUCGGCGAAUGCAAAAACUAAAGGAACAAAAUGCAAAAAAGAAGCAGACACUGAAGUAGCACGUCUCAUAUCUGCUGAAAAAACAACCAAAAAAACCAAGAUUCAGAAGUCCAGGCCUAAAAAGAACACGCCAGGUCAACGGACAAGCAAAUACUUCCAGAACGACUUUAUCACCAUAAGUGAUGAUGAAGAUGAAGAUGAUGAUGAGGAUGGUGAUGCUGCUCCGCACUCUGACAAUGAAGCUGCAGAACUGAAGGUGGAAAAUAAAGUGGAGGGCAGUGACGAAGACGAGGAUGAAGAGUGGGAAGAUGUGGAAGAACUGGCAGACACGUCUUGUGUGGUGCCAUCUCAACCUGUGGAGAUUGAAAUCGAAGCCCCAGAACAUGUCGCGAAAAGACUGAAGAGGGAAAAGAGGAAAGUAGAGUUUGAGACUUACCUGCGGCGGAUGGUGAACCGUUUCAACAAAGAGCUGUUUGUGGACAUGCACAAGGUCCACCUCCUCUGUCUGGUGGCCAAUGGCAUGUUUCGGAGCCGGCUGUGCAGUGACCCCGACCUUUUGGCGGUGGCCUUGUCCCUGCUGCCGGCUCAUUUCACCACAACGCCUCCCGAGGAGGUGACCACCCCCUUUCUGUGUGGCCUGCUGAAGUGGUUUCAAGCCACCUUCACUCUGACCCUGGAACUCCCUGAGGAGCCUGAGCGGAAUCCCCGGGAGAUCUUGGAGAGGAGGUUAGGGUCCCUCUCUGCUCGAGACCACCAGGAAAUGACUCAUCUCUUCCUCAUCGUGUUGAGGUCACUGCGUUUAUUUUGCCGCCUGGUAGUUUCCCUGCAGCCCAUCCCCCUCAAAGAACCCCCUGCAAAGAACAAAGCAAAGUCGCCAGGCGGUACUCCCCAAAAAAGCCCCAAGGAACCAAAGGCCUCACCAGGGACCAAGAGAUCCGCAGGAGGCAGGGCUAGUGGGGCAGGGCGAAAUGUGAAGAGACAGCGGAAGAAGGUGGAGGAGGAGGAGGAAGAGGAGGAUGGGGAGGAGCAGGAAGCAGAAGCGGUGACCACACCGACACAGAGACCGAAGAACAAGCAGCGACGGAGCAUCGCCUCCAAGGUGUACUACAAGGAGGAGAGCAGUGAGGGGGAGGAGCACAGCGAGGAAGAGGAGUUCCUAGUGUCUGAAGAAGAAGAGGAUUCAGAGGGGGAAGCCACAAGGCGACCAGACAAAAAGGGCAAGGGUAAGAGCAGGAGCGAGGCCUCCCAACGCCAAGGGAGCCGAAACAAAGGGGGAGACGAGGAGGAAGUACUGAUGGAGUUCAAGAGGAAGCAGGGAAAGGGUGAAGACGAGUGGCUGGAGGUGCACCUGCAGCAGGCGGGGGAAUGGGUGUGUUUGGACGUCCAGCAGGGGAACGUGGGCAAGCCACUCCUCUGCUCCAAACGGGCCACCCAGCCCCUGACCUAUGUGCUGGCUGUGGACGGGGACGGCUGCCUGAAGGACCUCGGCUGCAGGUACGACCCCACCUGCAUGACGGCAUCCAGGAAACGUCGUGUGGAUCAGGAGUGGUGGGAGGAGACCCUCGACAGCUUCCGUAGCCGUGCCUCGAAGAGAGAGCAAAGGGAGGACCAGGAGCUCCAGGCGAAGCUGUUGGACAAGCCUCUGCCAACUUCCAUCACAGAGUACAAAAACCACCCCCUGUAUGCGCUACAGAGACACCUGCUGAAAUACGAGGCUAUCUACCCCUCCACUGCUGCCAUCCUGGGCUAUUGCAGGGGAGAGCCAGUCUACUCCAGGGACUGUGUUCACACGCUGCACUCGAGGGACACCUGGCUUAAGGAGGCACGGACGGUGCGACUGGGGGAAGUGCCAUACAAAAUGGUGAAAGGGUUCUCUAACCGUUCUCGGAAGGCCAGGCUGGUGCCUGAGAACCGAGACAUUGAUGACCUGCCGCUGUUUGGCCCCUGGCAGACAGAGGAGUACCAGCCCCCUGUGGCUGUAGAUGGCAAGGUUCCCCGUAAUGAUUACGGGAACGUGUACAUGUUUCGCCCCUGCAUGUUACCAGUGGGCUGCGUCCACCUGCGGUUGCCCAAUCUACACAGAGUUGCCCGCAAGCUGGAAAUCGACUGCGCUGCUGCUGUCACUGGCUUCGACUUCCAUGGUGGUUUCUCGCAUCCAGUCAAUGAUGGCUACAUUGUUUGUGAGGAGCAUAAGGAAGUUCUGUUGGCUGCCUGGGAGAAUGAGCAGGAGAUCUUAGAGAAGAAGGAGAGAGAGAAGCGGGAGAAGAGGGUGUUGGCCAACUGGACCUUGCUGGUGAAGGGACUGCUGAUCAGGGAGAGGUUGAAGCGGCGCUAUGGUGCCAAAAAUAAGGAGCAGGCCGCUGGUCCAGAGGGACUCUCCUCUGAUGAAGAAGAGGGUGAUGGAUCUCAAACCACUGCUGUGGACCUGGCUACCUCCUGGCCCCAGAACCGACAGGAGGAGCCGGAGGGGGCCACUUCAGGGCGAAAAGCAGCAAGCAAGAGGGAUAAAAGAGGACAAGAGAAACACCUGUUCCCAUUUGAGAAACUGUGAAGUGGCUGUUUACUGGUGUCAUGCACAUUUCUGAGGGUAUCAAGCAUAUCAAGCAUGCACAAGCAGUAACCUACACUGAUCUGACUUUCUCACAUAUAGUCACAAAAUGAUCUCUCAGCUAUGAAUGACUUCCACGGUUUCGCACACUGCUCAUGGUCUCCUCUUUGUUCUUGUGUUUUGUCACUUGUUUGUUGGAAGUUGGUAAGUUGUUGGAUGUUGGGAAAUUGUUUAUCGGGGCCUUUUGCUUGGAUCUUGCGUAUACCUCUGACUGAUAUGUGCCCAGCUGUGUUUCGAAAGAACAAGCAAAAUCAUUUUCGUAUAAAUAUAAACUAUUUUUUUCUAAAAACAAA